UCCCAAAUCACGAAAAUUUCAAAUUACGCACGCAAAUGCGCACGAGAAGAUUUCCUCAGCUACCAGUCUUGGGUCUAGCUUGCCUUAUGCCAUAGCUGGUUACUAGGUUCUUCCAUUGGGUUGAGAGAGAUGUCGUGCCUGGCGUGCUUCGCUUCGUGCUGUGCUACUAUGACCUGCGGCCUCUGCACAUCAGUGGCCUCUGGUAUAUCCAAGAAAUCCGCUAGACUUGCUUACUGUGGUCUCUUUGGUCUGUCUCUGAUCGUUUCUUGGAUUCUCAGAGAAGUUGCUGCUCCGCUCUUGGAGAAACUCCCUUGGAUAAAAUCUUCUGAUACUCACUCAAAGGAGUGGUAUCAAAUACAGGCAGUACUUCGUGUGAGCUUGGGGUGUUUCUUGUUUUUUGCAAUAUUUGCUCUAAUAAUGAUUGGCGUGAAAGACCAAAAUGAUAGACGCGACUCAUGGCACCAUGGUGGAUGGAUUGCAAAGAUGGUGAUCUGGCUUUUGCUUGUUGUCCUCAUGUUUUUCAUGCCCAAUGUCAUCAUCUCCAUCUAUGGAACUGUAUCAAAAUUUGGGGCAGGGCUAUUUUUGUUGGUUCAAGUGAUUAUAUUGCUAGACUUUACACACUCAUGGAAUGAUGCAUGGGUUGAGAAAGAUGAACAGAAAUGGUAUGUUGCUUUACUUGUCAUAUCAGUUGUGUGCUACCUUGCAGCAUUCACAUUUUCUGGCAUUUUGUUUAUAUGGUUCAACCCAUCUGGCCAUGACUGCGGCCUCAAUGUCUUCUUCAUUGUCAUGACCAUGAUUCUUGCAUUUGCUUUUGGCAUAAUAGCAUUACAUCCCACGGUUAAUGGAAGCCUCUUACCUGCUUCAGUGAUAUCAGUGUAUUGUGCUUAUGUUUGCUACACGGGUCUCUCCAGUGAACCACAUGACUAUGCAUGCAAUGGUCUUCACAACAAAACAAAAGCAGUCUCCACUAGCACACUUGUGCUUGGGAUGCUUACAACUGUUCUCUCAGUCCUAUACUCUGCUGUUCGUGCUGGGUCUUCGACAACAUUUCUAUCACCACCAUCCUCACCUAAGUCAUCAGCUGCAAAGAAACCUCUUCUUGAAGAACAGUUGGAAGAAGGAAAAGAAAAGAAGGAAAAAGAUGCGCAGCCUGUCAGUUAUUCAUAUACAUUCUUCCACCUGAUUUUUGCCUUGGCCAGCAUGUACUCAGCUAUGCUUCUUUCAGGAUGGACUGACUCAUCUGAAAGCUCUGACCUGAUAGACACAGGAUGGACAUCAGUUUGGGUUAGGAUAUGCACCGAAUGGGUGACUGCUGCACUCUACGUAUGGACCCUUUUAGCCCCAUUGCUUUUGCCUGAUCGUGAGUUCUUCUAGGUAUCCAUUUUGAUAUCAUGUUUGGGAAGUCCUGAUAAUGUUAAAAAUGGGAGUUGUUGAAUAGCUGUGCUCUCUUAGGUUGGUUGAGGGUAGAGCUUUGGACAAAUACCAUACGUAUGAGCUUGAUUACCCUUCUCUAAAGAAUUUGAGAAAUAAAAACUAAAAUUAGCAGUAGUAGGAUAUGAACUGAACUUUGACUGCAAAUAUUUGUAACAAAGAUGGCGAUACUACACAUGCAGUAUAUAAUGAAUAUAGUUUUGAGUAA